CGCGAUGUCAACUUCUUGCAAAAUAACUUUAAUUAUAGCUAAACCAAGCAUAUAGAAUCUAAUAUUAUGGCAGGAACCAAAAAAACAACAGACAGUCCUAUAUUGCAUGUAGUUGUAAUUGGAUUCCAUCACAAAAAGGGCUGUCAGGUGGAAUAUUCGUACCCUCCGUUGAUUUCUGGGAAUGCUGUUGACAGUCAUGAUCUGCCAAAAGAGUGGAAACAUUUACCAUCUCUCUCUUUGCCAGAUGGUGCACAUAACUUUGAAAAAGAUACUGUAUUCUUUCAUCUCCCAGCAAGAGAUGGGCAAAAGAAGACUGUUUACGGUAUCUCAUGCUACCGACAGAUGGAUGCAAAGGAUUUGUUGAACAAAACUGCAGAUAUCACUAGAAGUACAGUUCAGAAAAGUGUUUGUGUGCUCAGCAGAUUGCCUUUGUAUGGUUUAAUUGAAGCCAAAUUGGAACUGAUAACUCAUGCAUACUUUGACGAACGUGACUUUAGUAAGGUUGAAAUUCUUCGACAGAUUUACAACAACCUGUGCGAUUGUCUCACAGAAAGUGAUCUUGAUGGCUGUCAGGUUUUUCUGGGUCUCUCCGCCCGGGAAGCAGUGCACUUAUUCAAGCAUAAAAUAGUUCUGCUGUUUAAGCUCAUUCUACUGGAGAGAAAGGUUUUAUUUUUUGGUUCACCCGUUCAAGCCUUGAGUUCAACGCUUCUGUCAGUUCUUUCUCUGUUUCCAGGUAUGAUAGAAUUUGGACUGAAGGAGUCAGCAGUAGAGACGUCUUCAGAUUUGCAGAUAGCUAAAGCUGAUGACAAUGCCGAUGAUUCUGAAGGAUUUUUAGAGGUCAAAUAUGUGUCUAAUAAGAAUAGAGGAAAUUCUGCCUUACCCGAAGUGCUGCAGCACAUGCAUAAUGAUACACCAACCGAAUACAGCACAAGCGAAGAGCCUCAGUCUCCAACGAUUCCACGUGGUGAUCCAGUUAAUAGUGCACCAGACAAAAAUAAUGUGUCUCAAAGUCAUACUGAUACAGAAAACAAUCAGAGCAAGUUGUCUAUGGUUUCUGCUGAUCCCAAACCGAAAACUAACAUCCCUGUUUUUCAUGAUGAACACGCCAAAGUUCACAGAUCACUCUCCGUCAAUAGUGAUAACGUAAACAGGAACACGAAUAGUGUGAAUCAGGCACCUCCUGGGUCUGAAUUAGACAACGAAAGUGAUUCUAAUAAUUUAAAGAAUAACACUCGUAUGCUUGAUUCGCAGUUUUCUUCAGGGUUGUCCGACCAUGGCGAGAUUGUGUAUACAAAAGAAGAGAGUCCGUUGACAAAUAUGGAUGAUAUUAUUCAGAUCGAGGCAAUUCAGACUGGCAAGACGUUGCCCAAUGAUGCAGAAAAGAUUCAGGAAUAUUCUAAUGAGAUUGAACUGGCAAGCACGCCUAGCAACAUUUUCCUGGACAACAACUUUAAUCCCACAAAAGGAGUAGAGUCGCCUUCUGUUUUAAAAAGAAGCGAGAGUUUCGAGGACCUAGAUUCUCCGGAGAGUAUUUGUCGCAUUGAUCGAGAGGAUUGCUUUUCAUGGGAAGAAGACCGGGCACUGCUCACCAUAGACCCAGAUCCUGAUUCAAAAGAAUCGAGUGGAGAGGAGAAACCUACGACCAGUAAUGACCCUGUUUUAAAGACCGUAAACACUCCAAAACCAGAAGCGAGUACUGAUAACAAAUACUCAAACAAUGGGAGCUUCGGUGGAGAGAGUUCUGAAAAGGGAGGUAAAUUUGAAAAAGAGAUGUCACCUGGAAGAAAGGGGGACAAGACGGCAGCUCUGAAAAGUAAACUAUCCUCAGCAUUUGGAAAUCUGCAUAAAGACCGAUCAAAAGUGAAAGAUCAAAAUGUAUUUGAAUUGGAGCAGGUGAGAGUGGAUCCAGUACUUCAGCAGGAUCAGUUUGGUUUUCCUUUGGCAAUAUUUGCUCAGGGCUAUGUGUGCUACCCAUACUUAAGCCUUCAGUACCAUGACAUCCUGCACAAUGUGAAUCUUCGUGGUUUUGUUAUUGGAGCAACCAACAUCCUCUUCAAGCAGAAACGCAAUGUUGUAGAUGCGAUCAUUGAGGUUUCGGAUGGGAAGAUUGGAAUACAUGACCGUGAAGUUCAGAAACAAGUCCAUCUGACCACUGCCGAUCUUCGGUUUGCUGAUUGUAUCGUGAAAUCUGUGUUAGGAGACGAGAGCAGUGUUUUUGUCAGUGGUACAGAAUGGGAGGGUGGAGAUGAAUGGCUUCGAGCCCAGUUCCGACUUUAUCUGCAAUGUCUUCUGGCUUCAGUCAGCCAAUCAGAUGUUAAGGCAUUGGAUGAUUUUGGUAAUCAUUUUGUACUUGCUUGGAAAACUACCUACAACUACCGACACUGGAAUAAAAAAGAGCACAUUGGAUUCAAAGAUAUUCCUUCAGGGCAUCCCUAUGGGGGUAAUCUGAAUGUAGCAGAUAUUCGUGUAAAGUUAGCACACACAAUGCAGAACACAGAACGAGGUAAAAAAUUGAAUGCUGCAGUUGUUCAGACUGGGAAGUAUGUCGUCCAGACUGGCAAGGCAGUAGGUGGAGCAUUAAACCAUGCCAAAUCCACUUUGUCAUCAUGGUUUAGUAGUUUUACUCCAGAUAGAAACACAGAGAAGGAGGAAGAUGGCGAACCCAGCUGAUAAUAGCCAAUCAAGACACUUGUUGCAAAUAAUAUGUGAUAAUUUUGACCAAUCAGAUACUUUAAUAUAAAAUAAGAAAACUAUCACAUGACAUGGUCAGCUGUAAUUGAUAGAAAAUGUGUUGAACAGUUAAAAUAAGGAAUACAGCUGCUGUGCUGUUAGGGUCUAGUCUCUACAGAUUAAUAGUUUCUGACACAAGUCUUUAAGAAAAUCAAUACUUGAAGUGAACUUUAGCAAGCUCAAAGGAUUGAUUUUCUUGAAAUGAGUGUCGGGGGAAAAAACAUCUUCAAAAGAACGAGUGCCAGAAAUAUUUUCUAGUUCAAUCAGUCUUAUAAUUUUAGUAUAAUUGUUAUAAAAUUCACUGCAUUUUAUUUUUGUACCAUGACAUCGGUGAGAAGGAAUGCCUGCAAUGUUACAUAUAUUACAUGACCUGACUAUCUUGCUUACAGAAUGACGUAAUCAACAGGCGACGAGACCAAUUAACCAAUGAAAGGGGGCAAUAUCAUCUAGUGAACGUGUGCUAGAUGGUUUUUAUAACAAAGCUUUGAGGCACUUUUCUACAGGUUGAUUGGACUAGAAACAUAUUUCUUGAGUCGUCACACAUUACAAUAUACAUAUACUUUGUUUUAUUCACAUGACCAAAUUCAAAACUUCUUUUUAGAAAUUUGAUUGGAAUUCUAAGUCGUGGUGUGAUUAAGUAUUAUUAUGUCACUACAAUGAUACAAACUGUACUCUUGACAUAUGUAGAUAAAAAACCUGAAAAAAUUUACCAUAGGUCAAUUAUAUUAUUUAUAAAUUAAAAAUAUAUAAAAACAUUAGUGACUAAUACAUGUAUUUGUAUAUUAUGAAUUGAGUUUUUAUUUUUAUAAAUCAAGUGCAAUAUAGUAUUUUCUUUGUACCAUAAUAUUUUAGGUGAAAAAUUUUAAAUUUGAAAAGUUAUACUAGGUGGAAAACAAAAAGCUAUACAUGUAUUAGAUUUAUCUAAUGGAAGUCACAAGACAACAUAUAUAUAUAUACUCGGAGCUUAAGCAGGAUCUCCAAAAGUCUUUAGAAAUUUAUUUAUUUUAGUUAUUAAUGUAAGAAAUGAUUGGUCAUUCAGGUAACGUGAUUGAAAAUACCGAGAGCUGAUAUAUGUUUAUAUGGGGGAAAAGAAGAGAGAAAGGAGAUUAGUUCUAAUUCUAUUAAAUUAUUUAUUAGAAUUUUGACCCAUUAAAACAUAAAUUUAUUACUAAAAACUCUCUGAAAAACCUAUUGGACAUUCCUGACUUUAAAAGCUUACAUAAUUAAACCAGUAUUGUUAACAGCCUGAAUAAAAUUCUUACACAUGAUGCACGUUAUACUGUAUUUCAGCAAUGAAAAAACACCUUUGUUGCUUAUUUUUGAAAUUGCAUCUACAAUCAAUGACUGAAACCACUCGGUUGAUGCUAAAGUUAUAUGUUGUAAUCAGAAUGGUAACUAAGUUUUUUUGUGACAUCCAAAUGUCGUCAGAUAUUUUGUCUUUAAUUGCAUUACUUAAUUAACCAUGACUAAUUAGUUUCCCUUACUGUUUAUUCUGCAAUUUGUAACAAAAGAUAGAAACUUUUCAUUUUGUUUGGGAUAUCACUGCUUAUUAAAAGAAAUAUGGACGUUAUAGUGUAUACUGUAAUAUUUACACCGUCUUUAUAUAAAAAAAAAAACCUACAUAUGUCAUCUAGUAAUGUUGAUGCGGUUAUUUCAUUUGAGGCAGAUAGAAUUUAAAAAAAUAGAAUCAUGUUAUUAUUCCUCAUUUGGGGAUCACCUUUAGUCUUGUAACUCAAAGAAUUCCAGUCAAAUAUUUACCAUGUCUAAAUCUAUGUAUAUGCACUAGUAUAAAGCACCAUUCAAUAUUUUUUGGUAAAAAAUGUUACAUAAGUGAAUUAUUGCAAAUCUGUAUAUUGUAGUGUAAACACUCCCUCAUUUUCAAUUUGCUCUACUUCAAAUGCAUUUCCUUUUUUUAAUGAUUUGUGAUUAAAAAACAGUUAACAUAAAACAAUUAUGAUUAUGAAACACAGAAACUGAAUGUAUUUUUUUUUUUUUUUUUUUUUUUUAAUCAUCAUCCCAGUGCCCCCUUUCCUUUCUCUCCUUUGAAUUCCAUUUCAUUUCUUCCUGAUCUGGCAACUCCUCCUCUCUUUCAACUUCUUUCGCUGUCCACCUCCACAUUCCAGUCCUUGUCUCCAAGUGCGACAGGUGCUUGUCUCUUGUGGCUAUCUGUGCCACACACCUGCCAUUCCCCAUUGUAUUUAUGUUGCUUGGUUGGUCAAGAAGAUUGUUAGUUUUCUUAAAUUGUAACUAGUAUAUUAUUCUUGCCAUCUGUCAAUUCAUUUAAAAUAUCACAAACCAGUGCAAUAAUGACUUGAUAUGUACUAAUGUGGAAUAACCAGUAAAUAUUAUGCUAUGGCUAGUGUUUCAAUUUUUAAUACUAUUUAUUUUGUUAGUAUCAUGUAUCCAUUAUUCAGACUUUGUUUUUAAUGCUCUAGUAUUGUUAUGCUGCAUCUUGUAAUGUUGGGGCCAUAGUCUCAAAAAGGUGUUACUUUAUAUUUACAUCUGUGAUAUGUUUACAUGUUAUUGUCAAAAUCAUCAAUAUUUUUUCUUAGUAUAACUUUCUCACUAAAUAAAAAAAACCCACUUAGAAAUCAUGAUUUGAAAACACUGAAUUAAAAAACAAAUGUAGAGGAGUUAGAUUUAUCAAAUGUAGGACUUAUUUGUAUAAUAUUUUACUGCACAUGGUUUUAUGAACAGUCACAGGUUUAUGUUCACAUGUACAACUGGUGUUAGGCCCAUAUGGUUUUAAGAAUUUAGUCUCUCUGCCUGUGUUUUGAAAACCGACGUCAGUGCAUGGUUGUUUGUAUGCACAAAAAUGUAUUAAAGCCUCUAAUGUCAUUUCAUUGGUCAAGUACUUCAAUCAGUCAUCAAUUUUAAGUUGUUACCUGUGCCAAAAUAUUGCACAUGUUGACACAUUUGUUAACCGUUCGAGUGGAAGACAUUGUUUUGUUUGUAUGUUUGUCCUCUUGUGUCUAUAUGCCCCAUCAUAAAUGUGUUACUACAGCUAGUCUUACAUUUCUUUAUUGGAUUUCUUGUGGUACAAGUAGUAAUAAGUCCUGAUCUCUUAUAUGUUUGUUUUUUUGUUCUGUGUUGACAUGGCUGAAUUAUGGGAUUUCGGCCAUGGACUUUUAAAAUGCAGGGAAUUUUUUUUUUUUCAAAAUUUCAAUUGGCAAAAUUUGCUGCACAAACUACUAUUAAAUGUUUCACAACUGUAUAUUGAUAUUUGGAUAGCAAAUCACAAUGUGAUUCUGAACAAUAUAUUCCCUUUAAUUGCAUUAUUAUUUAAUGGAACUGUAUACAGAUUUACUUUUGUCAGUUACUUAAUUGGUUAUGGCGGGUUAUAAAGGCAGGUGUGUUUUUUUGGGGGGGGGGGGGGGGGGUAAAAUAUGUUUUCUUAUUGGAAAGUACAUAUAUUCAAGUGAUAUUCAAGUGUGUAACAUCAACUAUGUUGCUAUUGCUUACAUUUGUUAAUCACCUACCGGUUCAACUGGGGACUUUAGGUUUCAUCUCCAUCCUUCUGUGUCUUUCCAUCCGUCUGUCCCACAUAUAGUUUUCUGGACAUUUUCCCACAAUGCUUCAAGAUAUUGAGCUGACAUUUUGUGUAUAGCUUUU